AUGCACAUUUUGAAAUUGACACGUACAAUCGUUAUAGUCGCUGGAUGCUUUCGACCACUUUCGUGGACAUCUCUGUUUAAACAGACUGUAUAUAAUAUUUACAGAAACAACACGUUACGUUAUACGAGCUUGAUCGGAACGACAUGCUCGUUCAUUGCCCUCAUGUCGUUAUUCACUGAUUUUAGACACAAAAGAUUAACGUAUAGAGAAUGGGUACCAUAUAAUUACUCGUCUUACAUGAGUUAUUAUUUUACAUACGCUCAGCAAAUGAUAAGUACUUUUCAUUGCGCUAGCGUAAACGUCGCUUGUGAUACUCUCCUAUGUGGCUUAUUAAUGUACAUAUGUUGCCAACUCGAGAUCUUGGAAUAUCGCCUACAGAAUAUCUCAAAUAAUGAAUUUACUCUGGGCUUCUGCGUACGCCAUCACAAUCGAAUUUUAGAAUAUGCUCAAUUAGUGAAUGUGAGAUUUACAAAAAUAGUCGGAUUUCAGUUUAUGGCAAGUACGAUGGUAAUUUGCUGCAAUUUGUAUCAAUUAACCAGUUCGGCUUUGAGCGCAAAUCAUAUACCAUUAAUUAUGUAUACAUGUUGCAUGCUGACACAAAUAUUUAUUUAUUGCUGGUUUGGAAACAAAGUCAAAUCCAAGAGCCUUCAACUAACGGACAGCAUCUUUCAUAUUGAGUGGCCAAUUUUAGACAAUAGUAUUAAGAAGAGUCUCUUAGUAAUUAUGAAGCGUGUAAUAAUACCCAUUGAAAUUUCUACUGUAUAUAUUCUAACCAUAAAUUUGGAUUCUUUUGUGGCGUUGCUUAAAACAUCGUACUCUGUUUAUAAUUUAUUGGUACGAGUGCAAGAAUACUAA